UGACAGUGGCGUUGUGCCCGGGCAGUGUCCACACAGUAGUCAAACCUUAUUCAGAACAGCCGUUCAUUCGCCUCGCCGCAGCAACCCGCACACAACAGCUGGACUCCAAGAAAACUUGAGUUCUUGAGUGAAGGACUCUGCUCAGCAACAUGAGUUCAGGCCGGGACACCGAUCUGAAGUUACCGAUUCAAGAGGUGCAUGAGAUGGGCAGUCUGUCUAAUAAGAACGCGUGGGAUAACGCAGCGUACGAGGGUUCUCCUCCGAGCACCCCAUUCAAAGUGCAAGCUAUCUACAACCCCAGUUCCUUCCCAAGCAACCCUUACGGAUACGAAGAGCCCCCAGUAUAUCCGGAGAAGAGCAAACCUCACCCGGGAUGUUGCAUGGCCUUCGUUAACGGAAUUCGCAGUCUGUGGGGCACAAAACUGACUGAGAACCUGUCCAACAAUCCAGAGCUCUACAUCAGGAGAACUCUACGUGAAUUAAUAGUUUACAUUGUUUUCCUUGUGGACAUUUGUUUGUUGACAUACGGAAUGACCAGUUCAAAUACCUACUACUACACCAAGGUCAUGUCAAAUCUCUUCCUCUCAACUGCAGUAGAUACAGGGGUCACCUUUCAAACUAUUCGCAGCAUGGCUGACUUUUGGAAUUAUGCACAGGGCCCAUUGCUGAAUGGAUUGUACUGGACCAAAUGGUACAACAGUGAUUUGAUUUCACAUGGUCCUCAUUCAUUUAUUUACUAUGAAAAUAUGCUUCUGGGCGUUCCUCGAAUCCGACAGAUCAAAGUCAUGAAUAACUCCUGUGUGGUUCACAAGGACUUUAGAAAAGACAUUAUCGGAUGCUAUGAUAUUUAUACAGCAGACAAUGAAAAUAAAUCACCAAUCAAAAAUGGAAGUGCGUGGACUUACAAUUCCGAGAAAGAACUUGGAGGUUCCUCACACUGGGGCAAAAUAACGGUCUACAGUGGUGGUGGUUAUUACCAGGAUCUCAAGACAAAUGUGGAUGAAAGUGCUGUCAUUCUGCAAGACCUAAAGGAUAACCUGUGGUUGGACAGGGGAACUCGUGCAGUUUUCAUUGAUUUCUCGGUGUAUAAUGCCAACAUUAACCUCUUCUGUGUGAUAAGGCUUGUGAUAGAAUUCCCUGCAACAGGUGGUGCAAUACCUUCCUCACAGUUCCGCACCGUGAAGCUCAUCCGUUACGUCAAUUCCUGGGAUUAUUUUAUCAUAGGCUGUGAAAUCAUCUUCUGCGUCUUCAUUCUUUAUUACAUUGUGGAAGAAAUAUUGGAACUCAGGAUUCAUCGACUGCAGUACAUCAAAUGUGUUUGGAAUUGCUUGGACCUGGUGGUAAUUCUGCUCUCUUUACUCUCAAUAGGAUUCCACAUUUUUCGAACUAUUAAAGUGAACAUACUGAUGGGCGCAUUGUUGACAGAUCCAGUAAUCUACGCUGACUUUGAGUUCUUAGCUUUUUGGCAGACCCAAUACAAUAAUAUGAACGCUGUCAACUUGUUUUUCGCUUGGAUCAAGAUUUUCAAGUAUAUUAGUUUUAACAAGACAAUGACUCAGUUAUCCUCAACCCUGGCACGAUGUGCUAAAGACAUUCUUGGCUUCGCAAUCAUGUUCUUCAUUGUAUUCUUCGCCUAUGCUCAGUUGGGAUAUCUUCUGUUUGGAACCCAAGUGGCAAACUUCAGUACCUUCCUCAAAUGCAUUUUCACUCAGUUUCGAAUAAUCCUUGGAGACUUCAACUUUGAUGAGAUAGACAAUGCCAACAGAAUCUUGGGUCCAAUUUAUUUUGUCACCUACGUUUUCUUUGUCUUCUUUGUUCUGCUGAAUAUGUUCCUGGCCAUUAUAAAUGAUACAUACUCAGAGGUGAAAGCAGAUCUUUCCAAUCAGAAAAGUGAACUUCAAAUUACUGACAUCAUUAAACAGGGCUAUAAUAGGGCUUUGAUGAAAAUGAAGCUGAAAAAAGAGCGAAUUUCUGACGUGCAGAAAACUCUUCAGAAUGGAUCCAAUAGGCUGGAAUUUGAGGUUUUUCGAAACAAUCUCAAAGACAUGGGCCACUCUGAUCAAGAGAUCACAGAUACCUUUGCAAGAUUUGACUGUGAUGAUAAUAAGAUAUUGGAUGAAAAAGAGCAGAUGAGGAUGAGGAGUGAAUUGGAAGAAAAGAAGGUUGCUCUGAAUGCUGAGAUAGAGAACUUGGGAAAGAACGAGGAUAAAUCAACAGUUUUCAACCAGUCUGCUGAAAAUGUAAAGAAUGGCAGUAAAAAAACAAACGGCAGUGUGACAAAUGAGGAGUUCCAAAUAAUGGAGCGCCGAGUUGUCCAGAUGGAACGUUCAAUCAGCAACAUCAUAUUUAAAAUUCAGGCAAUCGCUGAUAAACUUGAGAUAAUAGAAAAAAACAGAGACGAGGUGGGAAAGUUUGUACAGAAUGUUAAAGAGGAUGAAAAAAAUGGUCCGGUUGAGAAACUGUAACAUUCGGGAAAAGAGAAGCAGUAAAACCAGGAUUCUGACCUGGCUCCACACUGAAAUCAUUAAGAAGAAUUCCCUUGGUCACAGCCCGAUUUGCCUUGGCCAGCCCAUGUCGACUUAAUCUCAAAUAAUAAGCAGCAACCUUGUGCUAACACUCAAAUAUUGGAGUUUCAGUUGGGUUCUUGUAACAAUGUGUGAUACAGGUGGUAGAUGUCUUCAAAUUAGUCGUUUUUUCAUUAUUUUAUUUCCCGUUACUUAUCAUUUAUCUCAGAACAAUCUCAGAAAAGACUGCAAAAUGCAAUUGAUUUUAAAAUGUUGGCAUAUAUUCAUGUAAUUGGGAAAAUGUUCCAAUUACAUAAACAUAUGCUAACAUCUAGAUAUACCUAUACUCAGUUAGUUCAUGUUCAUGAGUUCAUAUGAGAGAAUUAGGCCAUUCAGCCCAUCAAGUCUCUUCCACUAUUCAAUCGUGGCUGAUCUAUCUUUCCCUCACAACCCCAUACUCCUUCCUUUCCCCCAUAACACUUGACCCCCUUACUAAUCAAGAAUUUGCCUAAAAAAUACCCAAAGACUUGAUCUCCAUGAC